AUGGACUUGAAAACUUGUGAAUCUAAUUGGGAUGAAUUAAUUCCAAGUAUUUUAUUUGCAUAUAGAACAUUAAAACAAGAAUCUAUAAAAUAUACUCCUUUUUAUCUUGUACAUGAUAGAGAAGUACAACUACUAAUAGAUAUUGAAUUCCAAGAUCAAGAACAAAAUUUAAAUCCAAUUGAAAAUUUUGAAAAAUCUUUGAAUAGAAGGAUUAGUGCUUUAAAGGGAAUAUUUAUUGAUACUCAAAUCAUUAAUCAUAGAAAUAUUCAACAUGCACAGGAAUUCCAAAGAAAUCGUCAACAAAAUUUAAAGAAAGCUCAAACUUAUGAAGUUAAUGAUAUCAUUUUAUUGUACGACUCUGCAAAAUAA